UCUCUACACCUCUUCUUUUUGUCCUGUGUAUUAUAACCUUCAUCUGCUCAUCAUGGCCCUGAACAUCUCUGAUCCCGAACUUAACCAAGUGUAUGAGGAUGUUCGGGAUGACAAGACAGAAACAAACUGGUCCUUCUUUACCUUUGCAGAUGGAAAGCCUGACCGUCUCAUUGUUGCUGGUUUUGGUUCAGGUGGACUCGAGGAAUUCACAAAGGAAUUGAAGCCUGAAAUUGCUGGCUGGGGUUACUUGAGAAUCAACUUGAGUAAUGAUGAGUAUUCUCAACGUAUCAAGUUUGUACUAGUACCCUGGUGUGGUGAGUCAGUGAGUGUAAUGCGCAAGGCCAAGCUUGGAAUUCAAAUGUCGGAUGUAAAGAACAUCAUCCGUAAUUUCCACAUUGAAGUUCCUGCAUCGCAUGUUCAUGAUCUCGAUGAAAAGGAAGUUUUGACAAGACUUAGACGUGCAGGAGGUGCCAACUAUGACAGACAGUCGAGUAACUAUUAAAACAAAACAAAACAACCAAUACCAACCCCAAAUCAUACAUACGCACACACACGAUCUUAGAAUCAAUAGAUUUUCAUUCUCUUCUUAAUUGAAGAUUCUUUCUGUACUAUUAGU